CGCAUUAUACAGUACAUAGCCUUGCAGAUGACGGAAGAUCUUCGGCUGAUAUAAGUUGGUUUUUCAAGAUCUCCCAGUCGCUACCUCGAGGCGCCUAUGAUAUGGUCAAAGUGUGGACUUCGUGGUAUCGGAGGAAUGCCUUGGUGAAUUGUAGGGCUUUCCAUUCGUGCGAUCCAAACGGUGAGGAAAGAUUCUAGAGCUAGGCACCAGGCUGGUCGUGCUGCCUACCCACAAGACCGCAAUAAAAAUAGCGGACUCUGCCAUCAAGGACGUACCAGUGGCUUUAAUGUCACCCAUAUCAGCUUCAAUCCUAUAGCCACAGCCCUAUAGCAUAACAACCUCCCCCACCAACCUCUUGUGGGUGGAAAUGGCGGUCACAUAUGGCAUGCAGGAGCUUUAUGGAGGCACAGUGGCAGUGGAACUACCGAUCAACUUGAUAGAUUCCAGUGACCUCCGCCAGAUCCCCGACAAUCAAGAAGUCUUUCUGUCCCCUACAACCCUGACCUCAGUGGUAUUCGAAAUAAACGAGUACGUUGAGCCUUCGACAACAGGCUUCCACCCCACCACAACCACCACUACAACAACGCAGCCAGACGGCACGACGACAACCACAACGGUCACCGCCGUCAAUGGGAACACUUCUUCUCGUGAGGCCGACGCAGAGGCCGCCAAGUACCACUUCACAGACGUGAUUGCAGAACCAGACACACUCGCUGAUGACUUGCCCGAACCCCAGAAUGUGACCAUGCAGCAUCCCAGCCUCGUCGAAUUUCCUGCUUCCAUUCUGUCUGGAAACUUCAACAGCGUCGAUGCUCGGCGGGACCGGCAACAACAGCAUCAGCCAUCGCAGUCGCAAGUUGCUGUCCAACAAGCUUCGCCGUCAUCUUCGCGAGGAUUACUCGAGUCCAUCGUCCACCAGAUGCAACUUCUGGUGAGAUUGAAAGACUAUGACACCGAUCUGUGUGUGCGAGUUAACGUUCCCUUGAAAGAGAUUGCGAGGGACGACGGCCAGAUCGCGGCCGAAGUGGCUUUUGCUAGGGAUGUGCUUGCACGGGUCGUUGCUACGUUGGAGAUACGGGAUUUCGGGCUCUUCGGUGAGGAGGAUUGAGUGAGUGACUGACACUGGUCAAAGCACGACGAGGCUUACGGUUAUGCAUGGCAUAUCGAGAAGGGG